ACGUUUAGCGAGCGAGUUCCUUCGCAGCUUGGCCGUCUACUUACAUGGCUCAGAUCGGCGAUUUCUAUGUGAAUCGGCUGCUCCGCAGCUUGGGCCACCCCGAAACAGACGCCCACAAGCAAUGCAAAAUGCAUACGAAUUUCCAUGCGAUCCUCUUCUCGUAAUUAGUUGCUAACAAUUCCACACGCUGCGAUAAAAUAUUUGAUAAUUGCCCCAUCUACCACUCUUAUAUAAGGCCAAUCCCCACUCCCAGCACCCGCUGGGUGCAGCCAUUUAAAGAAUAUUAUGCGUACACUAAUUGAAACAUGAAAACAUAUUUUUUGGGCACUUGUCGCGCCUCACACUAAAUACAUAUUUGAUAAAAAUACACACGAAGUGCACAAAUUUCAGAGCAAUGACUCAUACGAAAGCACAGAAUGUGUGGCAUACUUUGAGGUGGCGCCACUAAGGAGUUGCAGCCAUCGAUUGGAAGAUGCUCAGAAAUUAGGCAAUGGGUGGACUGGCUUAAACUAGAGAUGGAACCGGGAACUGAGAAUUGGGAAUUUGGCGUAAUCCGCAAAGAGCUACGGUUAUGUUGCGUUUUGAAUAAUCCCGAAGUUCGUGCAGGUUUCAAAAUAUUUUGUAGAGGGUAUUAUAAUUUGUUCAUGAAAUAUCUAACACAUAGAAGACAUCUCCGACCCCGUAAGUUAUAUAUAUUCUUGAUCAGCAUCAACAGCCGGGUCGAUAUUUCAAUGUCCGUCCGCCCAUCUGUCCGUCUCUUUCUAUGCAAGAUAGUCUCUCAGUUUGAAAGCGAUCUUCUUGAAGAUUUAUGAUUCCGGCCGGAUCCGAUCACUAGGUCAUAUAUCUAACAUUGGAAUGAUCGGUGCCUUAAAGAAAAUCUUUUUUGUCUAUCAAGAUAUCUGGACCAGUUUCAUGAUGCAACAUCGGAACUCUAUAUCAUAUAGCUGCUAUAGAAUCAGUCGAAAAGUAGCUUCAUAUAUGAACAACUUUUUUGUUUGCUAAUAUAUCUUGAUCAAAGCCAGCAUUUGCUAUUUAAACGAUGCUGGUUUUACAUAAGUCUUAUCGAGAAAAAUGGAUCUUCCUUUUCUCACAUAACUGCAAAUCCAUAAGCCAAAUGUCUAGAAGCGUAUUUAAUCUUUCGAACUUUUUCUUAAACAAAACAGUUUCGUAUUUGUUUUGUUGUUCGAUUAAAAUCAAAACUAAAGUGAUUAAAAAAAAAAACAUGAAUUAAAAAUAAAUGACUCGAGUUACGCACGUGAAUAAACAAUAAACAAACCAAUUGGUCAUAAGGCUCGAAGUUCUUGAUGUCGUCUCCAAAGUAUUUUUAAACAAUUCGCAAAUGGGGCUAUCUGGGGAAAUGGACGGUAUUUCCUAAUUUAUUAAUUGUCAAAUUGAUAAAAUAUAUACUCAAUUAAAACAGAUAGCGACAUUUUCAGCUCUGUGCUAAUGCCCCAAAAUUUAUAUGCCCCCUGUCAGACUUACCUUUUGGGUAGUUCUAUUUAAUAGGCAGGUCGCGUUCCAGCCAGUUAGUCGUUGUCAAUGUCCCGGAGGGUCGCUCUGCAGUUCCAGUUUCUGUUCGUUUUCGUAAACAUGAUGUCAAUGCGUUUUGUAGAUAGUUCGGUCUGGCUCAUACUUCUCGGACUUGGCCUGAUACUGCCAACGUGCUUGGCUUCCAGCUUUGAUCCGGAACUCAUUUGCACACUGGUCGUUAAUGGCACUAAAAUCAACGAUCCGCGUGUCUGCAAUGGCUGGAUACAGUGCGUCGAUGGCAAGUCCGUGAGCGGCACCUGCGACGAUGGACUUUUCUAUGACAGGCAAACUGAGGACUGCGUGCCAUCUGCCGAUACAAACUGCAUCUCUAGCGAUCCUUGCGCGGCACAGCCGAAUGGCUUUGCCGCCGAUCCGUACUCCUGCAAUGGCUAUUACUACUGUAAGCAGGGUGUGGGCACUCGCGGCGUGUGCAAUAACGGACUCAACUACAAUCCGGGCACCGAGUCAUGCAUACGUGAUUUUCCGUGUACUGCCAAAAUGAAUCCGGACAGCUAUUGCAACAUUCUGCCCGAUGGCGUCUUCGCCAAGGACACACUCAACUGCAACGGCUGGCAAAUGUGCUGGAAGGGCGAAGUCAUCAAUGGCACCUGCCCCGCCACCUUCUACUUCAGCGCCGCUAAGGGCGACUGUGACUAUCCGCAGAAUGUGGAGUGCGCAAUUACGGAGCCACCGCCGUUGACAGCAGCGCCAGAGGCUUGUCCCAAGGCGGGCAGCUUUAUCUCAGACGAGAGCAGCUGCAAUGGCUAUUAUUAUUGCCGUGAGAGUUCCGAUGGUCAAAUGCUGCUGCAGCACGGCGAAUGCGACGACGGUCGCUUCUUUUCAGCACGGGAUGGUGGCGCCUGUGUGCCGCGAUCCAAGCUCCAGUGCGAUUACGAUCGAUGCGUGGACCUAGGCUACACGGGCAUACAGCUGGCCAACGAGUCGAAUGAUGGCUGCACGGGCUUCUCCAUAUGCCAGGACGGUGUCAAAAUUGGCGAGGGCACCUGUCCAAAUGGCGACUACUUCGAUGAGCUGAGCCAGCGCUGCACCAACCAGGUCAUAUCCUACCCAGCCUGCGCCCUAUCUAGCCAAUCCACAACACAAACCACAGAGGCUUGAGUGGCACGGGCCAGGGCUUACAGCUCAAGGCAGGGGCUGAGUUCAUCCAAUCGAUUAGAUAAAUUUACUCAUAAAUAUACUCAUUUUUUUAUUUGCUAACCAAUGGACCUUGAUAUAUAUUAUUUAUAUAUAUAUAUAUAUAUAAAUAGAGUCUGAUAAGCCUUCAUAUUUGGGACUUACAAAUUUUAUAUGAAUUGUGCAACACAAUUAAAUUAUAAAUUAUCAAUAUACAAUAAGCUAUUAACACACAAUAA